CACUAAUACAUAUUUAUUUUCUGUUUACGUUCGGUUCGGGAAGCACGUGGCGCCGGCCUGACUUCCGCGAAGACUGAUUUGCAAUAUCAACCUAAUUUGUUGGACGAUAAGGUUCAAUAUUAUUGGCAGUACAUUAUCGCGAAGGGGGUCAACUGUCAAGCUAGGCAGUUGUGCGUCUCCUUACAGCUAUCAGUCUGACUGAAACAGGUGAUCCUGAAGGGCGCGGGCGCCGGCGGGUGUCGGGGGAUGCCGGCGGGUGUCGGCGGUGGCAGCGUGGGCGCUCGCGUGGCUGCGCUCGCCUUGCCACUAGCACGCCGACCUUCUGGCUGGAGGGACGCCACACUCUUAGUUGGUCUAUUCCGCGAGCAAAUAGGUAUUCAAAGUAUUAGAAGCAGUAGCAGAGCAGUAGUGUGCAGUGUCGGUGUGGAGUGAGCAGCAGUGCGCGAUGUCGGGCGAGGAGUGGUGCGCGGGCUGGGGCCGCUGGCAGGCGCGGCUGGCGCUGCUGCUGGCGCUGCCGGUGCUGCUGACGGGCGCGUACGGCACCAACUACGUGUUCCUGGCCGCGCCCACGCCGCACAGAUGCCACGUGCCGGAGUGCGAGGGCAACUCGUCGAUGGGCGUGGCGAGCGCGGCGCAGUGGUCGGGCGCGUGGGAGCGCUGGGCGCUGCCGGCGGGCGCGCGCUGCACGCGCUGGGCGGCGCGCGAGCACGCGUGCCAGCCGCACCACUUCGACAACACUAGCGCCGUCGCCUGCGACGCCUACGUCUAUCAGCACGGCAGCAGCAUCGUCGCUGAGUUCGACCUGGCCUGCCAGGAGUGGAAGCGCUCGCUGGUUGGCACAGUGCACAACAUCGGCAUGCUCAUAUCGCUGCCCAUCAUGGGCUUCGUCUCUGACAGAUGGGGGCGGCGCUCGGCGCUGGUGGUGAGCGGCUGCGGCGCGGGGCUGCUGGGGCUGGCCAAGUCCUUCGCCGGCUCCUACCACGCCUACCUGCUGGCCGAGCUGCUGGAGACGGUGUUCGGCGCCAGCGUCUACCCCUGCGCCUUCGUGCUCAUGAUCGAGUGGCUGGGCGUGCAGCAGCGCAUCCUGGCGAGCCUGGUGCUGGGCGUGCCGCUGGCGCUGGGAGCGGCCGCGCUGGCGCUGCUGGACUACGCGGCGGGCUACUGGCGCACGUGGGCGCGCCUCGCCUACCCGCCCUCGCUGCUGCUGCUGCUCUACCCCUGGCUGCUGCCCGAGAGCGUGCGCUGGCUGGUCUCCCGCGGCCGUCUGCGCGAGGCAGCUCACGCCGUGCGCCGGGCGGCUACAGCCAACGGGGUCCGGCUAGGCGAUGCCGCGCUCGACAAGAUGUUGCUGGACAAGGAACAGAUCGGCGCCAGUGCCGAGUCCAACAUCGAUGAGGGACUGUUCGCUGCAAUCGUCAAAUACGGCGUGCUGCGGCGGCGUCUGUGCGUGUGCUUCGCGUGGUGGAUGUCGGCGGUGUUCGUGUUCUACGGGCUGGCGGUGCAGGCGCGCGCGCUGGCGGGCCCGCCGCACGCCGUGUACGCGCUGGUGGCGGCCGCCGAGCUGCCGGCGCUGCUGCUCAACACGCUGCUGCUGGACCGCGUGGGGCGCCGCCCGCUGCUCACCGCCGCGCUGCUGCUCACCGCCGCCGCGCUCAUCGCGCUCAGCUCUCUGCCGCAAGCGAGCGGCAUGCUGGGCACGGCGCUGUUCCUGUGCGGCAAGAUGGGCGCCACGAUGACGCUGAACGCGCUGUACGUGUACACGGCGGAGCUGUUCCCCACGCGCGCGCGCCAGCGCCUGCUCGCCGCGUGCUCCACGCUCGGCCGCGUCGGCGCCAUCCUCGCGCCGCUCACGCCGCUGCUGGCGGAGUACAAGUGGUGGCUGCCCACGCUGCUGUUCGGCGCGCUGCCGCUGGUGAGCGCGGCGCUGACGCGGCUGGUGCCGGACACGCUGCACCGCCGCCUGCCCGACACCUUCGCCGACCUGGACGACUCCUCGCUGGACGAGCCCGCGCCGGACCAGCCCGCCCAGGCCCUGCCUGACGCCGUCUGACGGACACGUGCUACAAUACUUGCAAGGUUUCGCGUUCAAUACUGCCUGGUGUUAUGUCAGACGCACUGCUCAAGUUUGUUACAUAUACAUAGGUGAUUACAAUAAUUUAUUAUUGGAAUCUUGUAAAAUAGGUUAGCCAACAAAAAUACGGGUCUGCGUCGUACAACGACAGCGGGCCAGUUAUUUUAUUUCUACGAGUACAACUAAGAUAAGACGAUGCUCAUGUACCAUGUACCCCAGUUAACUAUAAGUAAAGGGAAGUACAGUCUGGGACCACACGCUAUUGUCAUAAUGCCUGAAAUAUGAUUUCAGUGCUGAUAGCCGCUCUCUGUAAACAAUUGUAGGGCUAACAGCCUCGUUGUAGAGGUAAUAUAUUAUCAUGUAUUAUAAUUUCAUUGUUAGGGUAAUCUUACAAGUUUUGUUGUGUCUAUUAUAUUUAAGAAAAUCUAAAAUACAUAGGUAAGCUUUCAAACAUCCCAGUUAUGUAAUGAUUUAUUAAUCAUUAAUUUACUUUAGUUUUAAGGAAACAAUAUAAAACCGCAAGUAUCCGCGCAUGGGAGGGCCCAUAUGUGUCUUUCGUAGAUAUGAAACAGUCUGUUUGUGGAAACUUGAAGUAUGUAGUUUAGCAGAAACGACUGACGACUCAGUGCUUACCCUUGUCAGAACUUUGUCAGAUCAUCUGACCACAUCAUCAUGAUCAGCCUUUGUAUUGUCCCACUGCAGGGCUGCGGCCUCUGCCCAUAUAGAGUAGGAGUGAACGUUAACCGCCAUGUACGCAGGCGGAUUGGCGAUACCUUUGAAGCCAGGUUUAAUCAAGAUAUUUUCCUUCACCUCACUCAGUGAUUGGUGUCCAAGUUAUACUUAUAAAGUACAAUAUAAAACUUCGAAAUGUUGCGCCGCGUUAUCAUGGCCCGUUCGUUCCUGCUAAAUUACUUACGUUCAGCCGAGCAGACGUUUUACUUAUACGUACCUUCUGCGUGAUACCCAGCAGCAUCAAUCUCACUAGAACCGACCUGAGAACCCAAUAAAUAUCAUUUUAUAUGGAGAGAAUACAUGUGAUGUAGCAUGAAUAGUGACGAAUAUGGAGGUCUGCUUACUAUUUAACAACAUACACACAACAUAAUAAAAUCCCUGAUAAGGCUAAUAGGAAGACUAGAGUAUAGUACAUAUGUCCAAGAGAGGAAAGGGGGGUGGCUGUUUUGCGGUGACGUGUGUUUGGUACUACAACAAGGUUGGCGAUACCAUACAUUCCGUGAAGAUUAUGCUCCAGUGGGUAGCACCAUAUUAUGUGUUAGCAGGCCACAUAACGAUGUUCACACAAUGCGUGACAGCAACCCGUCCCGUGCUCUCGGCGUCAUGUCUCUCUCAUGAAUGAUCUCAAGGAGCUGUUGUAUGACACGGUUCCGAAUGCAGUACAAAUAUCUCUGUUGGCAAUUAACGCUAAGGUUGAACCGAAGGUAAAAUUCGCAGUAAGCUGAUAACUUGAUACUUGUUACGAUAAUGUAAUGCUACAUACACUUGAGUCCACGACAAUGUUCUGUAGUAUAGUAUUAGUAGAUAGUAUCAGUGCUGCCAGUACAAGGCGGAUGCACGCUCAUCUUAUGAUAGUAUUAAAGUUAAGACAUUAAACGACAUUUUAAUUAACCGUA